AUGGCUCAAAUCAAAGUAGAUACAACGUCAUCGGUGCCAAUUGAAAAGAAAUAUGAUCUAUAUUUGAAGAUUAGUCCUAACCUGGCAGCCAAUUUGGUGACAAAGCUGGUUGAUAUCAAUCCAAAGAGUUCAAAAUAUUCCUCCAGGAAGAGUGUGAAUCCUUUAUUGGUGGCUUCAUUGAAUAAAACAAAAUUACAGACAACUAGAAAGCUUAAUACUAAUAAUCCAAGUUGGAAGAAUGAAAUCCUAAUGAAAUUAUCUAUGGAGGAUUAUUGUCAGAUCUUAACUUUAACCAUCUGGGAUAAACAUGCAAAAUAUAAGAAUUACUUAGGAGAGGUUAGAUUUUCAUUGCAGGACUUAUUUUGUCCUGAUGCUAAAUUUAGAAACAAAACUGAUUUAAAAUGGUAUCAGAUGUAUUCCAAUAAGGAUUAUCAAGCAUUUGUGACUGGAUCAGUAUUGGUAUCAUUUGAGUUGAUACUAAAGCUGAAAAGACUUAAUCGGAAGGAUAAGCGUCUUCAUAAAUUAGAACAAGAAGUAGCAAGAUCAACUGAAAAUUUACAAGAUUUAACUAUUUCAAACCAAGUCAAUAUUAAUGACUUAUUGAGUUUAUUCGAAUCAUGGACUAAAUCCUUGAUUAGACCAAAAAUUGAUCCAGGACCGGAUGAACAAGGUUUUUACAAUGAUAUUGAUAAUAUUUCUAAUGAUUUAUCUGAUAUGGAAUCCGUUACCGAGACAAGCUCAAAUGGUCCAUUUUCAAGUACUUUAUUGCUUCCAUCUUCCAGCUCUUAUUUAGGUGUAUCAGAUAGUCAAUAUUCCAUUAAUUCUGGUAGUAGUUCUGAUAUUUCAAUAAUGUCCUCCGAUGGGGCAUUUCUUAGUGAUUCUGAGUUUGGUCCUGGUGCCAAACCUCCCAAAAAAUCAUUAUUACAGAAGGUUGGACUUAAAAGGAAAGCAAUGCAAGAUAAAUUUCAAUUAUCAAAUAGAAGUGUUUUGGGAGUUAUUUUUAUAGAGAUUGUUUCAUGUUCGGACUUACCACCACUUCGAAAUCUAACUAGAACUUCAUAUGAUGUUGAUCCAUUUGUGGUUGUAACAUUUGGGAAGAAAACAUUCAGAACAAGUUAUAAAAGACAUAAUUUGAAUCCUGUCUUUAACGAACGAUUAGCAUUUGAGAUUCUUUCUCAUGAAAGAAAUUUCAAACUUCAAUUUUCAGUCUUGGAUAAUGAUAAACUUACAUUCCAUGAUCUCAUAGCUAGUAUUUCUAUUCCUAUGAGUGAUAUUACCGGGAAAGCAACCGCACUAUACCCUGAUGUACUGCAGUCAUCUUUCUUGAGACCAGAUGAUAGUGAAAUGGAAGAUGGUGGUUUUUCCACAGGAGAUAAUGGUUAUAAUCUGACUACUUCACAUAUCAAAAUCUUGGAGAAUGACCAUGUGGGUGAAUCAAUUAAGAAGAAAAAGUUUAUUGUGAAGAAGAAAUCACCUGUAAACCAGGGAGAUGCUUCAAAAUUUAAAACUAUGAAUUUAGUCUUGGAUUUGAAUGACAAGAAGUAUGUUGAUAAAUAUAAACCUGAAUUGAAAAUAAGAGUAAGAUUUGAAACUUAUGAGAACUUACGAAGAAAGUUUUGGAAAACAUUGCUUGAACAAUAUCAACUUAAUGAUAAAGACAAUUAUUACGAUUAUUUUGAAUUGAUUACAUUAUUGGAUACACUUGGAUCUUCUAAUAGUGAUGAUGUGGUUGCGAAUUUCUAUGAGAAAUUGGGUAAACUGUCAUGGGGUGGAGAUCUCUUAUCCCAUAAUGAGAUUAUAGAUUGUUUAGAAGAUUUAAUGAAAAAGGAAAAUGCAACCGAUCUUAAAAUCUUUGAAUUUGAUAAGUGUCCAUUAUGUCUUAAGAAACGAUUGACGAAAAAAGAUGACAUAGAUAUAAUCACCCAUGUUGCAAUCUGUGCUUCGAAGGAUUGGAGUAUUGUCAAUAAGUUAAUUGUAUCUUCAUUCGUUUCACCACAACUUGCUACAAAGAGAUGGUUUACCAAAGUUUUAAUUAAAUUAGCAUACGGAAAGUAUUCAUUGGGAGGAAAUUCUGCCAAUAUAUUGGUUCAAGAUCGAUUAACUGGGAUUAUUAUGGAAGAAAAAAUGGGAGUAUAUGUACGAUUAGGUAUUCGUUUAUUAUACAAGGGUUUAGAUAAAGCUAGAACUAAGAGAAUUAGAACAUUAUUACGGACAUUAAGUAUAAAACAAGGAUCCAAAUUUGAUAUGCCAAGUCUGAAGAAUGAUAUCAAUGCUUUUAUAAAGUUUCAUAAGUUGGAUUUAUCUGAAUGUGUUAAGUCUAAUCCAAAAGAUUUUGAAACAUUUAAUGAUUUCUUUUAUAGAAAAUUAAAACCAAACGCUAGACCAUUAGAAUCACCAUCAGAUAGUAGGGUUGUUACAUCACCAGCCGAUUGUCGUUGUACUGCAUUUGAAACUGUAACUUCAGCCACUGAACUUUGGAUAAAGGGCCAUUCAUUCACAGUAGCUAAAUUAUUCAAUGGAAACUUUGAAAAUCUUGAAGAUGGAGAUUUUUAUAAGGCUGAUAAAUGCUCGUUAGGUAUUUUUCGAUUAGCACCACAAGAUUAUCAUAGAUUUCAUUCACCAGUUGAUGGUGUGAUUAAAAGUAUUAAGUUUAUAGAAGGAGAAUAUUAUACUGUUAAUCCUAUGGCAAUUAGAUCGGAAUUAGAUGUGUUUGGGGAAAAUAUCAGAUGUUUAAUUGCAAUUGAAACUGAACAUUUCGGUAUGGUUGUAAUGGUUGCAGUUGGUGCUAUGAUGGUUGGAUCAACCGUUCUAUCGAUUGAAGUUGGUGAUAAGAUUCAUAGAGGUGAUGAAGUUGGAUAUUUCAAAUUUGGUGGAUCGACUAUUAUUUUAUUGUUUGAAAAAAGAGUAGUUAAAUUUGAUUCUGAUUUGAUUCAUAAUUCCAAAUCUUGUGUGGAAACUUUAAUCCGUGUUGGACAGAGUAUUGGGCAUUCUCCUGAUAUAGAUGAAUUCGAAAGACAUCAUAUUGAUUUUAGCAAACAAAGUGAUGAUUUUAAAUUGAAAUUAAUUAGGGUAUUAACAGGAGGUGAUUUAGGAAGUGUACAAGAAUACAGUAAUUGGGAGAGUAGUAAUAUUAAAAUCACCAACAAUGAUAUUGCUGAUAUUCAUAGAAGUCAAGGAUUAACUGAUGAUGAUUUUGAUGUUGAAGGAGAUUCAUUUGAUGAAGAAGGACUGGUAAAUAGUGACUAUUAG